UCUCUCCUUACUGGGACUUUAGCAACACGUUCCUGUUGGCGGACACUAUUUUGUUGUUUACAGAUCAUUAUUCGCUUCAAUUAUUCGUCCACGACGCAGCUUGUGUGACUUUUACAGACGUUUUUUGUUGAUGGCGAACGAGCGUCUCAAAGCUCUGGAGGAGGUCGAGAAGGAGAUAGCGAUGGUGCUGCAGUGUGCCGGUAACAUAAUGGUAGAACUUUCUAAAGACAAACACAACGCCAGCCUGCUGGACAGACAGCUGGUCCAGUUCCAGAGCUCCAUCAGCAGAGUGGAGAACGAACUGAGCGGCCAAAUCCGCUACCUUACACAGGUGGCUACAGGCCAACCUCAUGAAGGGUCCACAUACUCUUCCUGGAAAGACUGUCAGAUGGCACUCAACAGGGCAGAGUACGCCAAGGUCAAACUGGGAGAACUGGGCCGCACCUGCGAAGUCAUGCUGGAGCAGCAGCACAACUCUUAAAUGUGGACGUUUUGAACUGAUCUCACUUUUUUCAUAUUUGUGUGCUACACAUUUAUUUGUACAAACUUUUGAUUACAACAUUCAUUUGAAGAAAAUAACAUGAUCAAUAGAGUAUCUUUGUCAAUAUUUUCACUAGUAACGUAACUUAGGCAGGAUUCGUCUAAAUACUUCCUUCCUACGAUUUAGGAUCCUUACUUUUUCAUCAUCACCUGAGCGAGUCAAUGAUUUAUAUGCAGCGAGUCCUUCAGAAAUUACCACAGUUAAAACACAGUAACAUAAAGAGGCGCUGUAUUUGGGUUACAAAAGUACACAGAGUAUAGAAUAAAUCUAAUAUGCUACUGAUAAAAAAAAAUCAGGAUGAACCUAAAAUACACUGAUUAAAAUGCACUGUAUGGGUAAACUUAAUUCAGCCUUCUCUAAACUUCUGAAUGUCUGACUGUUGAAGGUUUCAGUACAUUCGCAACAGGUGUGUGAUCCAUAAGUGUCCUGACGGUAUUCAAAACAGUCCCUCUGCUGUUCACAUUUUGCAUUUUGACAUUGGGAGACCAAGAUGACAACAAUUGACCAACAGCACUUGGCUAUUGUGAAACAUUCAACAGUUGCACACGUGCAAUCACACAUUUUAAAAUAGUGAAUUAUAGGUUCCUCCUGAAAUUUUCCAAAAGCCAAAUAAUCAUAACUUUUGAUGAGUAGCGUAAUUAUCCACUUGAAAUUAAGAACUAAAUAAGCAGUAAGACAUCAGAGCUUUUCUUCAUUAGAAAACCUGUAAAAAUACCCUUGGAGUCUCUGAAAGACAGCAGAAUAUCUAUGUGCUCGCCGCGGCUAACAGAGGGGGUCGGCGUCCACCUGAGACCCCGUCAAGCGUAGGCGGGCAAAGUCUUCGAACACAAAGUCGUCGCCUUGAGAGGAAGACCUGCAGGAAGAAGUUAAAAGUUAAUGACUGGUGAAAAAAAAUCAAAGACGCACACACUUACCUCAUAUCAAAAUCUAUGAGGUUUGCAUCAACAGGAGCGUCAGCCUCGGGAGAUGCUGGACAGGCAAAAACAACACAAAUUGAAGUGCGCAAUAAUCCGACCCGCUUAUGCAGAUUAAUACAUCAGUGAGCGGUGUGUGUUGUACCUGGCUGCAAGAUGGGCUGGCCUGUUGGUUUGGGAUGCAUCAGGACAAACGGAAGCUCCACUGCGAUGUCCCUACACACACAGACAAUAUGGUUUAUUUGCCAGUAUAGCUCGCCAAUCAUGAGGUGUCACAUACCCUCCUAAAGACACCACCAGUUUGACUUUCACCCUGUAGGAUACUAAGAUGCCCAUCAUCUCCUUGCUGUCCCCCUCUUUCACUCUGGAACAAUUACACACAUGAAUGGAUAUGACGAGAAAGUGUAUGUGUGUGUGUGUGUCUACAUACAUGGUGCUGGAGGCCAGGUUGGUGUCUUCAUGUUUGAGUUUUCCGUCCAAGGCCAGACCUCUCUUUUCCCUAUUGGUGCCCAUGCAGGGUGUCAGUGUGUAGACCUGGCAGAAGGUGGAGCUGGGAGAAACCUGGUCACUGAAUAGGAAGAAGAAGAAGAAGGAUCUUUAGUAAAUGGCUGGAUUUGUUGUUGGACGUCAUGCUACAAAAAGGUACAUACUCUGCCUCCAGCUGGGCCACAGGACACUUGUACUGGGCCGUGGAGAAGAGACAGAUGUCAGCAUACUGACGGACUGGGAGAUGAGAACAUUAGUUAGUGACCUUUGACCUGAGACAUGAUCCCCCAAAAAAGAGCCUGUUGUGUGGGAAUUACCUGAUAUCUUGACUUUCUUGACCGUCUUAGUGGAGUUGUUGGAGACGUGAACGUUGACACUGAUGGGCUCACCAUGGUAAUACAGCUGCAGGUGCACACAAAUGUAUGAGUGUACUCGAAUUUAUUCAACAACUUGAAUGAGCAAACACCUCCUUAUCCAACGAGGCCUCCAGGUGCAGAGUUCUCUCUGACAUCAGAAAGCUGCGGCUCGUCUCCACCAUGGGCUGUGGGCCUCUCUUCUCUGGUGCAAACUGCACCUUACGGAUCACUAAGAGCACAGAGUUCCUGGAAACACACAUUUAAAAAUCAUUUUAUAUUCCAGGUGUCAUGUAAUAGAUUAACGAAGAUGACAUUUAGGCUGCAUCUCAGAUGGAAAAAACGGAAUAGUAAGUGGAAAUUAACUUGUAAACCCCCCAUUAAAAAUGUUUUCACACUUUAGUAGGGUUUCUAAAACUAUGGCCUGCCAGCUUCCACAAUCCGGCCCGCCAUCGGCGUUGUUAGGCCUAUUUUAGGGAGGCUGAAGCCCCCCUAAAAUGUUCUCAAGCCCCCCUAAAUAAUUUAGUGUUAAAAAAAAAAAAAAUCUUUUUUUUUUUUUUUUUACAAAUACAUGCGAACAUAUUCAUUAUAAAGUGGCCCGAAUAUGAGUUUAAAUACAUAAUCAUAUAACCUGUCAUUAUUCCCUCAGUUUCCCCUCACUUCAUAGCGUAAGGUAGAGAGCCCCUUUAGUGCGUCCGUAUCCAAUCCAUUCCACUUGUUCAUAUAGAAAAUGCCCACAUCACUUAAAAUCCAGUCCGCAUUUUCUCUGCGACCUUGCUUGUGGUCCUUGGACUUGUUCAUAUAGAAAAUGCCCACAUCACUCAAAAUGUAGUCCACAUUUUCUCUGCAACCUUGCUUGCGGUCCUGCAGGUGUACGAAGUACAUUAGCACACAGAUAACUUACAAUUGUAAAUAAUUUAGUUUUUAAGUUUUGUGUUUCUUGUAGAAUCUAUAUAAAGUAAUAUACUUUAGCCUAUUGUUAAAAUAAUGAAAAAAACAUCAUUAAAUAUAUUUGUUUUAUUGUAUUGUUACAUUAAUAGCUGUUGUAUUAUUAUAGGAUGACUUGUUAAACAUUUCAUAGGAUUUUCAGAGGGUGGAAAAACCAAGACAUUUAAUAUAAAAUGUAAAAUGAAUAAAUACAUAAAAAGAAAAAGAAAAAGAAAAAGAAUGGUUAAAAGCCAUCGUCCCGGGGAGAAUUUAAUUUUGUCCCGUGCAUUUUUUUUACCGCCCCCGGGACGACGGGACUACGUUAAUCUCAAGCCCUGGAAGUUACAUUUUAUUGUUUGCAUUAUUUGUUUCAGCAUUGCACUUUGAAGAUGGUCCCUCAGCUCUUUGACAGCUUUGGCUCUUUUUCAGAUCAGCAGACGGACUCUUAAGUCUUUCUUAUUUACAGUAUAUAUGAACGUUUCUCAUUUCUAUUCAGACUUCCAUAUAUAUUUAAUUUCCUUAACGGCUUGCCAUAAUAUAUAUAUAUUUAUAUAAAUAUAUUAUAUACAAGCCAAAUUAUCCCGAUCCAGAUAUUACUUUAAUUCAAGUAAUCAAGUAAUAUUUCCAGGGCUUGAAUUUACAACCAUUUUAGUCACAUAUGUGCCCAAAAUGUAAUCUGUGCAACUUCAAAAUAUUUGGGAACAAACAAUUAUUGUAUUGUGAGCUAAAGUGGUGGCAUUAGCCUCUAUGUUGUGAAUGAAUAACAUAGAGGCUAAUGCCAUGACUUUCAUUGUGUUUCAGUGUAUCUUGAAGGAUCAUGCAAGUAAUUGUUUCUUGUUGAUGCUGUAAACAAAAUGUCACUGUGCAAACCCAUGUUUGUUGUUGUACUGAAUACAGAUUGAAAAUAAACCCACUGAAAUAAUAAUAAUAACAAUGAUUAAUUUCGGAGUCUUUGUUAGCCGUUUGUGAAGUUUUGUGCUCGUGCGCUACGUUCGCUCGCAUCCUGUGCAUCUCCUGGGGGCUAA